UCUUCGGCCGGAACCGCCAUCUUCCAGUAAACCACCAAAAUGACCAACACAAAGGGAAAGAGGAGAGGCACCCACUAUAUGUUUUCUAGACCUUUUAGAAAACACAGAGUUGUUUCUUUGGCCACAUACAUGCGAAUCUACAAGAAAGGUGAUAUAGUAGACAUCAAGGGAAUGGGCACUGUUCAAAAAGGAAUGCCCCACAAAUGUUACCAUGGCAAAACUGGACAAGUCUACAAUGUUACCCAGCAUGCUGUUGGCAUUAUAGGUAAUUCAAACAAACAAGUAAAGGGCAAGAUCCUUGCAAAGAGAAUUAAUAUACGUAUUGAGCAUAUUAAGCACUCUAAGAGCCGAGAUAGCUUUCUGAAGCAUGUGAAGGAAAAUGAUCAGAAAAAGAAGGAAGCCAAAGAGAAAGGAACUUGGGUUCAACUGAAGCGCCAGCCCGCUCCACCCAGAGAAGCACACUUUAUGAGAACAAAUGGAAAGGAGCCUGAGCUGCUGGGACCCAUUCCCUGUGAAUUCAUGGCUUGA